AAGAUUACUGCUCUCAAGCACUGCAGCGCUUCAUCCAAACACUGCAAAUCUGACUCAACACCCCCAAACACAGAGAGCAUCCAGCCUGAAGUCUGCUACUGGAGUUUCUCACUGACGUCGCUGUAGAAAGUGAAAACCAUGCCCCUGGCAGUCAUACCAUUGUUCGGCCCCAUCUCCAUCUCGGAGAGUCUGGUGGCGAUGGUGACGAUAUGUACGGUCUACCUCCUCGUCCAAUUGUCUCGAGAAAGGAUCCCUGCAGGUCUUAAGCUGCUUCCAGGCCCGCAGUCAAUUCCAAUCAUUGGGAAUGUGAUGGAACUUGGGUUGAACCCUCACCUCAGCCUGACCACCAUGAGCAAGCGAUUUGGCAACGUCUUUAAGAUCCACAUAGGGACUCGACCCGUGGUGGUGCUGAGUGGCGGUGAAACUGUGCGGCAGGCACUCAUCAAGCAGGGAGAUGACUUCGCUGGACGGCCAGAUCUGUUCAGUUUCCAAUACAUCAAUAAUGGCAAAAGCCUGGCCUUCAGCACAGAUCAGGCUGGGGUGUGGCGCCAUCGCCGUAAGCUGGCCCAGAAUGCCCUGCGCUCUUUCUCUACACUAGAAGGCCAAACCCCUGAGUAUUCCUGUGCCCUGGAGGAGCACAUCAGCAAAGAGGGGCUGUACCUGGUGGAGAGACUGCGCAAAGUGACGAAGGCCGACGGCUGCUUCGACCCCUUCCGCCACAUUGUGGUCUCUGUGGCCAACGUCAUCUGUGGCAUGUGCUUCGGCCGGCGCUACAGCCACGACCAUGAGGAGCUGUUGAGUCUGGUGAACCUGAGUGACGAGUUCGGACAGGUGGCUGGUAACGGCAACCCUGCUGAUUUCAUCCCCUUCCUCCGGUUCCUGCCAAGCAAGACCAUGGAGACGUUUGUGGACAUCAACAGGCGCUUCAACAAAUUUGUGCAGAGGAUCGUCAGAGAGCAUUACAGCACUUACGAUAAGAACAACAUCCGUGAUAUCACAGACUCCCUCAUUGAUCACUGUGAAGACAGGAAGCUGGACGAGAACUCCAAUGUCCAGGUGUCUGACGAGAAGAUAGUGGGGAUAGUGAAUGACCUCUUCGGGGCCGGUUUUGACACCGUCAGCACUGCUUUGUCGUGGUCUGUGAUGUAUCUGGUGGCCUAUCCUGAGAUUCAGGAGAAACUUCAUCAGGAGCUGAUGGAGAAGGUGGGAAAUGAUCGUAAACCUUGCCUAACAGACAAAAACAACCUGCCACUCCUCGAGUCUUUCAUUACGGAGAUGUUCCGCCACUCCUCCUUCAUGCCCUUCACCAUACCACACUGCACCACAAAAGACACAUCCCUCAAUGGAUACUUCAUUCCCAAAAAUACGUGCGUGUUCAUCAACCAGUGGCAGAUUAACCACGACCCAGAUCAGUGGAAAGAACCCUCCAUGUUCAACCCAGACCGUUUCCUGAGUGAAGACGGUGUCGAGAUCAACAAGACUGAAGCUGAGAAGGUCAUGGUGUUCGGUCUGGGCAAGCGGCGCUGCAUCGGUGAAUACAUCGGCCGCUCCGAAGUCUUCCUCUUCCUCGCCAUCCUCAUCCAGAGACUAAAGUUCAGCAGCUUGCCAGGAGAGAUGCCAGAUAUGACCCCCAACUACGGCCUCACCAUGAAGCACAGUCGCUGCAUGCUGACCGUCGCUCCGCGGCCAGGCUUCGAAGAAUUCAGCUCAGAGAGUCUGGACUGAGCCAGAUACUGCUGAGUUCAGAAAAGACAAUAAGACAAUGAGAGCUGCUUCUGUAAGGAUGACACUGUGGACAGUAUAGACACUGUGUAGCAUAGUGAUGGUCAUCAUAUGUUAGUGUCUGUGAUAACUGACAGCAUAUUGAUGGAUAUUAUUGCAUCAGAUCUCUCUUACAGAUGGAGAUGCAGAAUGUAGUCACGAGGCUGCUAUGAGGGCAGGGCUGUUAUUUACUAAUUGUGGAAUUCAGGCCAGUUUCUUAGAGUAGGUUUACUGCAUUGUCACGAGGUGAUGCAUGAUUUAGUUGCUGAGAUGAAAGAUAAGUAAUUAAGAAGAAUUUGGCAUGUUUAGAGAAUUAAUGACCAAUUUUCUAAAAUAACCUAAUUUCGAAAACAUGGCUCAAGGUGUCUACAUAGCAAAUCUAGCCUUUUUUUGCAAUUAAUGAGCAGAGAACCCACAUGAACCAACAUGUUUUGGUAAAAUGGUGCUAAAUCUGUUUUAACUGUUAUUUUGGAACUAUUAUGCAUACAUAGAUCUCAUCCGUGAAUUGACUAAAACAUCCAAAAAGGUGAGCUUAUGUUGGUACUUCUCAUUUCAGAGAUGUUCAUUUAGAGAUGAGACUUUAAGGCACAUUACUACGUAUGGUUAAAGUGACUAAAACAUGUAUAGAAAGCUGUAUCAUAUCAUGUACAUACAUACAUACAUACAGUACAUACUUAUAUAACCACAUAUGUAGUGCUGUAGUGACUAGGAGGCCACUCUGCUUAGUGCCUUAUCUUUAUAGUAUUUGUAUAUAUUUUAUAUAGUAUGAAAUGGUUUUAUUGCUAUGAGAAAAUUUGUAUUUUACAAGCUACAAACUUCUUUAUGUUGUGGACAUAACAUUUUCUAUGAAAAACACUGAAGUAAUUUUUUGUAAUAUUUAAGCUCUAUCCCAAAAUGUGACCCAUGUGCUGGUAUUACUGACAAGCAGACUUCCUCGCGUGCCCCAGAAUGUAGAAGCUUUGUACCUAAAUUUUCUUUAUUCCUCAAGGCUCUUAGAUACAGCUCUAGGUAUACAUUAGAACUGCUAUAUUUUCAGUACAGCUAUUCAUUUGUGUAAUAUCUGUUCAUUGCAUAUAAUGAAGGAAGUCAGUCUUAUUUUUUAGAUGUAUUUUUUAUUGACACCAAGCUGUUGUUAAAUAAUGAAUGCAGUAAUGUACAUUGUGCUCUGUAAACUUUGUAAGCUGUUGCGAUGUUUGGCAUAUCUCUACAUGGUGAAAAAUAAAACUGAGAGAAAUACACAA